CAGAACUAGGUCAUCCAUUACUUUAUAUUAAGAAAAUAUAUAACACAUUAUUGAAAUCACAAGAAAGCUCAGAAGCUGAAUGUUUCGCUCCAGCUAAUCACAACUAAGUGACAUGGAGGCUAAUGGAGUGAAUGAUCCUGCUGUGGAAAAGAAGGAGGAGAGGGCAAAGUGGGACAAUAAGUUACAAUAUGUCCUGAGCUGUGUUGGAUUUGCAGUGGGUCUGGGGAAUGUGUGGAGAUUCCCGUAUUUCUGUCAGACCUACGGAGGAGGAGCCUUUUUAAUUCCUUAUUUUAUUGCACUAAUCAUUGAGGGAAUUCCACUGCUUCACCUUGAGUUGGCGAUUGGUCAGCAUUUCCGCAGAGGUAGCAUUGGUGUCUGGAGAUCUAUUUCUCCCUAUCUGGGAGGUAUAGGCAUUGCCUCGAUGCUGACAGUUUUCCAGCAAGGGCUGUUCUAUAACACCAUCCUUGCAUGGACCCUCUGGUAUUUAUUUCAUUCAUUUGAGGAACCACUGCCUUGGAAAAACUGUCCUUUAAACAACAACCAAACAGGGUUUAUUGAAGAGUGUGAACAGAGUACUUCUGUAGAUUACUUCUGGUACAGGGAGACCUUGAAUAUCAGUCCUGAUAUUAGCUCAUUUGGAGACGGCCUGCAAUGGAGGAUGGUUGUGUGCCUUGUUGCUGCUUGGUUGGUUUUGUAUCUCUGUGUUAUUAGAGGGUUUGAAAGCUUUGGAAAGGCCAUUUACUUCACUGCAACUUUCCCUUAUUUUAUACUACUCAUUCUCCUUGUACGAAGUUUAACACUGCCCGGGGCCACUAAUGGUUUAAUCUACCUAAUUACCCCAGACUUGACUGUUCUGAGCCAGCCAAGAGUAUGGCUAGAUGCAGCGACCCAGAUCUUUUUCUCAUUGUCUUUGGGUUUUGGAGGACUAAUUGCAUUCUCCAGCUAUAAUCCACUGAAGAAUGACUGUGAGGUGGAUGCUGUGACAGUAGCUGUUAUCAACAGCUUUACAUCCAUCUUUGCUUCCAUCCCCAUCUUCUCCGUACUGGGAUUUAAGGCAACUAUGGCUUAUUGGGAUUGCUUGAACAAGAAUAUAUUACUCUUAUCAAAUGAAUUUGACAUUCAGGAUGGAAAUAUUACAAAAGAAAAUUAUGGUAGUUGGAUAAGUUAUCUGAAUGCUACCCAAUAUGACAGAAUCACAUUACUUGAUUUGAAGAACUGUGACCUUCAGAACUUUCUUGAUCAGGGUGUCUCAGGCACUGGACUGGCAUUUAUUGUGUUUACGGAAGCCAUUGUCCGAAUGCCAGUCCCCCAGGUAUGGGCCAUAUUGUUCUUCAUCAUGCUCUUCACUCUGGGUUUGUCGUCAAUGUUCGGCAAUAUAGAGAGCAUUCUUACUCCUUUGUUGGAUUUGAACGUGUUUCCGAAGUACAUCCCUAAAGAGAUGAUUACAGCCAUGAUAUGCCUGGUGUCCUUUUUAAUUGCACUUAUUUUCACAACAUCGUCUGGGAAUUACUGGCUGGCAAUUUUUGACAAAUAUGGAACUGGUUUGCCUCUUCUGAUCAUAACUUUCUUUGAGCUUAUUGGAGUCAUUUAUGUGUAUGGUAUUAAUAACUUCUGUGAUGGUUUGGAAUUUAUGACUGGACGAAGGCCCAAUAUUUACUGGCAUGUGACCUGGAGGUUUAUUAGCCCUUUACUGCUAUUUAUCGUGUUUGUGGCACAUGUUGCUGUAGAAAUACAGUAUCACUCAUCUUACGAGGCAUGGAAUCCUGACUAUGUGGAGUUCCCCAAGAAAGAGGAGAAGGUGUAUACAGACUGGGUAAUAUUCAUAUGUGCCUUCCUGGUCAUAUUGCCAACAAUUUUUAUUCCACUUACUGCUCUGUAUCAGUUUAUCAAAUGUAAAUUUGGAGGCUGCCAAGAAGAAGGAAGUUCGAUUGAUAACCCAGCUUUUGAAUUAUAAAUUAUUCCAGGAUUUCAACUUGUAAUUAUCAUUAGUGCUAUAUUGAAGUUGUUAUUUUACCAUAUAAUGAAGCAUUCUUCAUUUAAUAACUGUUCAAUUAAUUUGUGAUGACUUAUUUCUCAUUAGAUUCUUUAGAUUAUAAGAUGAUGCAUCCUCAUUGGCACAACUAAAAGUUCAAUUUUAAUUUACUUGAGUUAAACCUAUCAUCUUUAAGGGGCAAAUACAUACUGGUAGCUAUUUCACAUAGUUCAGUUUUUUUCUUCACAAGACGUUUUCACCACAGUAAACAUUAUAAUCCUAUAAUGAUGUUUCUUUCAAUGACUAUGUAACCAAAUUGGCUUACAAUAAUUAAAAUAUUUGAAUUCA